ACCUUUGCGGCCCUCUUGCUGUUUUUCGUCCGUGGGCGUCGGGCAUCGUCAUUUCUCGCCAAUCAUGGCCCACAACAGCAAUGUCCACCUCUAAAGCACCGCAACGUAGUAUGCACACUGAUGCUUGGUCGAUGAAUGGAUGAAAACGAGUGACUGCCGUGCUCGCCAGCCGGAUAUACAACAUCCUCUCUGGGCGACUCGCCAGUUCGUCGCAUUGGAAAUCACCCACCUCGUAAGCAUACAAAGUCCAGUCUCAUUCACUCAUAUACGCCGCAAUGCUAUCUGACGACGAUCUCGAGGAGCUGGUCGCCGAGACAUCGGCAAACGCAACCGCCACCGUGCAAGCUCGCAACACUCUUGUCUACGCCGUCCUACAUGUAUACCAGCAAUUUUCAGAACAGCGUUCGCUCACCCCUACUGCGGAAGUCAAUGCAUUGUUUAGCGAGCUCGUCGGCUUGUGUGGAAAACAUCUGCCUGAUACUAUCGUUCAUGGAAUUUUGGCUCAUCCGGGAAUCUGCUGCAUCAUUCCUCAUCUGAGGAAUAUGUGCGCCGAGGGCGAGUAUCAGCUAGAGAUGUCCUGGUCUCGAAGAAUCCUCCGUCAAGGGGAAGCUUUCGAAUCCCGCCCCCAACUCCGUGACUUUCCUUACUUUUCGAAUUACGUUGAUCUGACCAGAAUGGAAUUGAACGCAAUUUCGUCGGUGUUGCCUCGUGCCCAACCGGCUCCGAACAAAUUCGUGCUCCUCGGCUCGGGGCCUCUUCCCAUGACCUCUAUCUGCCUCGCCCGCGAGACGCCCAUUCAAUCCUAUAACCAGCCCCAUUGUGUACACAACAUCGAUUGUAGUAUGGACGCCUUGAUCUGCAGCACCCAACUCGUCGCCGACCCCAAACUCCGCAACGACCCCGACUUCGCUGCGUUUGACGUCGUCUACCUUGCGGCUCUAGUCGGUCUUGACGUGAAUACCAAGCGUAAGGUGCUGGAGCGACUUCACAGGGCGAUACGUCCGGGGGCUCUCUUGGUGGCUCGCAGCGCUCAUUCCCUCAGAACUUUAUUAUACUCGCCCAUUGAUGUUGGGUCUUCGGAAUGUCACCUGAAAGGGUUCAAGCCGCUCCUCGUUAUGCAUCCGCACAAUCAUAUCAUCAAUUCAGUGCUCAUUGCUUCCUGUAUUUGAAAACGUCAUUGCUCCAUGUAUUCCUCUCUUCUUCUAAAUGUAUCCCUAAACGACCCGAAUACAUACUAAUGAAGCAUUUUGCGGCCUUAUGUUCACCCAUCCUCGACUACGAGAAGAGACUUGACAACCCUGGUUCGCCGGAAGACAUUUCGAACGUCCUCUAGACGCAUUGACAGGGUUUAGAACCGCAAACAUACAUCCAUCACACAAUGGCAUCAUGAUGGAAGCUGCAACAGAGAAAGAUCACCCUCAUAGAACGGUUCUUGCUCGAUUCCGUGCUGAUCUGAGCCAAAAACGACAUAAAUUUGAAAAUCUCAGAUGGG